CUGUGAUACAAGCUUGUUAUGAAACACGCGUGUAGUUUGAUAGUCGUACGAGUAACAUAUACUAUCGUUCGUGCUACCUGUUGAUAUAAAUCUUGCUUAGGUUUUCGUAUAGAAAUGUGUUUAUCAAUAUAAGUACUUAAGUGAUAUUGAUUUUCCAACCUUGAUCCGAUUUUUUUAUCAGUCACUAUAUUAAAGGAAGUUAGUCGUUGACUUUUAUUAAUACCGCGGGAUAUGUUGAAGGCGAUAAUCGUGUUUUUAGAGUUUAAAAUAUUGUUAUCAGUGAUGGCUUCCGAAAAAUUGCAAAAUGUUAUUAAGCAAAGAGAGCAGCUACUACAAAAAGAUCUUGAAAUGAUGCUAGGAAGUGAUAUAGUUUUAAGUGAAAGUGAGCAGAAAGUCAACGAUAUCAUUAUGAAAUUGAAGCAUCGUGAACUGGAUUACGGAUUUGAAAACCCCGGUCAUUUCAACGUUUCAAAACAUUUCUUUAGUUACAAGGAUAAUGUGAAGAAUACAACACUGUUUGAAAUUCUUCAACAAAUGCCAAAAGGAGCAUUGCUGCAUACACAUGAUACUGCAGUCUUAAGUCCGGAUUAUACUCUCAAACUGACAUAUAUGGAUAAUCUUUACGUUUGUUUUGAGAGUGAUGGUGGCAUCAGGUUCCUUUUUUCAUCAAAAACACCGAAGGAAACUUGUGGGACGCAGUGGCAGUUAAUGAAAGACGUGAGAUAUUCCUCCGGGGACAUUGAACAGUUUGAUGCCGACCUAAGAAAACAUUUUACGAUUGUUACUGAACGCCACAAUGAACUUUACACCGAUAUAAACGCAGUUUGGAUAAGGUUUCAGCAAUAUUUUAUUGCUACAGGUGGAAUCUUUACUUACAAACCGGUUUGGGAACAAUAUUUUUAUGACUCAUUGAAGGCUUUGAGAGAAGACAACGUAAUGUACUUGGAGGUCCGCUCUGUGUUGCCACAUCUGUAUGACUUGGAGGGAAACACGUACGAUUCGGUUAGCACUGCUCAGAGUUACAAAGAAACAUUGGACAGAUUUAUGAUCGACUAUCCAGAUUUUUGCGGUGCUAAACUAAUAUAUGCACCAAUGAGAUUGGUCGAUAGGGCAACAAUAAAAGGGAAUUUAAAUACCGCAAGAGAAAUAAAGAGACGAUUCCCUAAGUUACUUGCUGGCUUCGACAUCGUCGGCCAAGAAGACUUAGGAGCUGCAUUGAAGGAGUUUUUGCCCGAAUUUGUUGAAGCUGCUAAUGAUUUGGAUUAUUUCUUCCACGCAGGCGAGACUAAUUGGAACGGCAUGUCCUCUGAUGAAAACUUAUACGACGCGAUAGUGCUGGACACCCGCCGGAUCGGACACGCGUACGCUUUGAUCAAGCAUCCUCAGUUAUGGAACGAGGUCGUCAGGAAAGAUAUAGGGUUGGAGAUUAACGUUGUAUCAAAUUGUGUUCUUAAAUUAGUUAAUGAUGUAAGAAAUCAUCCACUGGCUGCCUUUUUCGCUCAAAAUCUGCCUGUGGUGCUCGGUAGCGAUGACUCUGGAGUGUGGGAAGCUUUGCCGCUGACUCAUGACUUCUAUGUAGCAUUCGUAGGCGUGUCCAACAGGCAUGCUGAUCUGCGACUGCUGAAAAAACUAGCCCUCAAUUCUCUUAAAUACAGCGCUCAUGAUAAUAAAGACGAAAUGAUAAAUGAAUUUGAAAUUAGAUGGAUGCGCUUUAUAGAUACUGUUGUUAAUAAUUAUGAACACAGCUGCAAAUGCUGAAUACUUUGUUAUACAAGCGGGUUAAUCACAUUUUUAACUUAUAUACCUAGGUGAGCUACUAAGCUGAUUAAUAGAAAAUAAAAAAUAUAUCUCGAAGAAUUUUGGUUUUAUA